GAUACCUCGACCUCCUCUAUAGCCAUCCACGCACUCGUUCCCCUUCCUCGUUAUAGCUGCGACCAUGCCCAUACCUUUGCCACCAUGACGACCUCCACGACCCCCCGAAAACCCGCCUACUUUCGGAGGUCAUCUGCGCCCAUCAUACCGACGUCUGCAAUCAACGAUACGACGGCACCUCGAGACGACCUCGAAGAGAGUCUACACGAUCUGCUAGAAACCGCACUGCAAUGCUACGUCAACUCUUGGUACCCUUCCAUCUCGCCACGAGACAAGUCCUUCUUGCCGCACGUCUACCACCUGCUCGUCCGCGUCCUCGGAUCGCUGUCCACAAACAUCAGCGUGGCCUGUGAAUCUGGACGUCUGGACGAGCUCGUUCUGGCAGACUUGCCCGACGUCAUCUCUCAGCAUGUGCAAAACUGGAUGAGAGCCGAGCAGGACAUUGUGGAAGGAGGACUCGAUCAGACGCUGGUGGCUCGGUUCGCGUUGUUGCACGGUCAUCCGGCCGUUCAAUUGGUACAAAGCAAACCCACAUCAACCCGGAAGGACACGUCGCAUCGAGCGUCUACGGAUGUGACGCAGCUUCCGAGCGAUAUCGACCAGUCACUCGGAGAAGCCAUGUCGUCCUCAUUGCACGGUUAUGACGACCACCCAUACCUCAAGCGCCAUCAACCUCCCCCCGAUUCCGUACAAAUACAACCACCUCAGCUACCCCCCGUCUACCGCAUCUCGCCCUCGUACCUCUCGACCCUAUCCGAGCGGCUCUUGCGAUACCAUCUCCCACCUCAAGACUACGCUCCCUUGACAGAACGUACUAUCCUCACCGAGAUCAUCGCAUCAGCUAUCUUGGCCAACGUCCUGCAAAAGCUCUCUCAAGGAUGGAUGAUCAGCCGGAUGGCACUUUCGAUCCUCGGCGAGCCUGGACGCGGACGCCAUCAACACCAACGACAACAAGUUCCUGAGACGGCACCUCAGCAAGAGGCCGAUGGAGCUUCGAAACCGUCCUCGGGAGUCUUCCAGACCAUCGUCCUGAUCGUCUACCAGUUCGCUGCCGUGCUGUUGGCAAUCUCGCAAUGCUACACGUCGUUGCAAAGCCAAUGGAGAUCUCUCACGGACGAUCCCUCAAUCGAGGCUUCUGACAAGGCUGGCGCGACGUCCCAUGAACGAUGGAAGGCAGGGGUGGAGAACGCGCUGGACCCCAGCUUGAACCUCCUCGACAGUCUUCUGAACCUCCAGGAUGGGACGAGUAGGAAGAGAUCGAUAGCUGAAUUGCGAAGUUGGAUCGGCAUGGCCUGUGGUCCGAUAGCUCUGGGUCGAUUCGCCGACAAACUCCUUCCGCUUUACUUGCAUGAACACGUCUUCCAGCCGUCCGUACUCGCUCGCGGUAUCAAUACGUUACACGACGUCUUGUUCCCCAACGGAGAACUCGCCCCUUCAGUCCCCGAUCCGACAGAAGAGGAGGCUCGGGACCUGUCUGACAGACUGGUCGCUAGGUUACUAGAAGUCUUUCCACCCCACGCUCGUCGUUUGAUCAUCGGACCAGACGCGACUCACGAACAAGCCAUCCGACGUCUCAUGGCACCUUUCCAGGACCCCGAUAUCAACCUACACCUAUUCACGAGAUUACUAGAACGCAUCUUCCUGACGAUCGAGCCUAGGCUCGCUAACGACGACAACGACGACCAAUUACGAUGAUACGGCGGUGGCCGAUGACAUAGACUUUAUCGGACUUGAGACUGUUGUAAAUCACGCUUCGGCUACCAUGUGCAUUGAGUGAUCGUAGCAUCACUGAUACCGUCCUUAA